AUGAGAGAGAUUCAGAGGGAUAUGAAGGAGGAGCAAGAGAGAAAAGCUAUGCAGGAGGCGGGGUCGAAUCCCAUCAACGGGCGAGAGACCUCUGAGGUUGGGGAUACAAAUACCCAUCCUUUCGAACCGGUCCCGGGGGCUCACGAAGCUUCCUCCGUCGCACCCUCUGCGGUCGAUGAGAACACGGCAGCGAAGGAAGUGAUCAUCCCUGCAGGCGUGAUUGAUAGUGAAAAACACGGGCGAGACGAGUCAGAGAUUCUCCCCCCAGAAUCGGAGAUCGACCUUGCGGAAUCUCAGCUGCCUGACUGGUCCUCAUCCCAGAUCGAGAGCCAGAUGGACGGCCUCGAAGAGAGCCAAAUUAGUCAAUUGGUAACUCCUUCUAUGUCUAUCUCCCAGCAGGUUCCUCUUGGGGACGAAAGCCAGACACCGGAGAGUCAGAUUGUGCAGGAGCAGGUAGAAGAGGGGGAGGAGAAAGAAGAGAUUCGGUCGGAAGGAGUGGUGAAGGAUCAGGAGAUGGAUGGGAGUGAUGAUAAGACAACUAUAACCGCGCCUACUACCGAACCGCCAAUAGCCUCGGUUGAAGCAACAGGUGCGAAUCUGGCUCGUCCUGACCCUGAACCUAAUCGCAUAUCAAUAUCUUACGCCUCCUCAUCCCGACGCAUCGUAAUCGACUCGUCCACUAUCCAGAAGAUCAGGAUUUUCCGCCAGGAGGGGAGGAUCGAGAUUACGGUAGUAGUACAAAGGCGCGGUGAGGCCGAUGAUUUCAAAGGCAUUCUUUUCGAAGCUGAGACUUCUGAACAUGAUUUCGUUCAGAUCGUCCCAUCGGCAGUCACCUGCGCGGAUGCCACGGUGCCGCCGUUGUAUACUGUCCUGCGCCCAGCGGAUGAAGAGCCAGAGACGAUCUUACUUCAAGUAUUCGUCGACAAGGAUCGACCCCUCAGCGAGCCGAAAUGGGUCAAGACCGGCGACGUGAAUGAUCACAUCGGACCAGACCGAGAUGACCAAUCCACCGUGCCCAGCUGGAAGGGGAAGAUUGAGGUGAUCGACCCCGAUAAGCCGAAAAUGCAGACUUUGGAAACUAUUCUAGAUGGGUGGGCUAUCAACUCGGUGAUCGCACAGCAGAAAGAUCGCGAACGCUUUCUCAGUGAACAUAUGCGGGGCCAGCCGGACAAUCUUCUCGAGAUAUUGCUCCGUCUUGUCCGCGGAGAGCGUGCCUCUGUGGCCACGCACAUCCACCCAUUCUCGUUGUCGGGUCCACUGGCCGCGGCCAUGCCCUCCAACGCUGAUCAUGCGCAUCAACAGACUCAUGUCAGUCUUGCUGUUGUAGCUCUCUACCGCAUCGCUGUAGACUAUGCGAAGAAGGCUGGGGCUGAGGAGAAAGAGGUUUCGGACAAGGCUGGGGAUAUCAUCAAGUCGAUCCCGAGCCAUCUGGUGUGGAAAGCUUUGGAUGGCAUGUUCCGUGAUUGGCUGCAGACGCAGCCCGGUGGCAGCAAACGGCCCCACCAUCCCGGUCGGCCAUGA